AUGUCCUUGCGUUUCGCCAAUCGAUGGAUCAGCCGAUCCACACGUUUAUUCUCGACAACCGCUACUUCACGAUUGGAAAAUGUCGAUCCUUCCAAAGCUGAGGUGGCUGCCAAAUUGGCUGAACGCACCAUGAAACGCUUCUGGAAGCAUGCUUGGGUCAAGGAGGAAGCUGAUGGUUGCACUGUGAUGCUCGAUAAACGCAAUUUACGUACACCUAAUGGCCGUCAUAUCGUCAAGUUUACAUCUGCACAACGACCCUUGGCUUAUUUGACAGCUGCUGAAUGGGAAGCACAGACCGAAUCGCUUAAAUCACAUUCUUUGCCUUUGACAUCGAUCAUUGCACGUGCCUUUGAUGCAUUGGACCCUACCCGAGCUGAAGAUCCUCGUGUGCGUGAUCAAGUGAUUGACAAGCUGAUGACCUAUUUUGACACCGAUGCCACAUGCUACCAUGAAGAUUAUCCCGAGGUGCUCACUCAGCUGCAGGAACAGCAUUGGAAGCCAUUGAUUGCAUGGGCCAGUGAAAACUAUGGUGUCCAAAUCAAUACCACAACCGGCAUUUUCGCUGUUGGUCAACCUGCCGAGACACGUGAAAAGUUGCGAGCUGUUGUUGAUCAAAUGUGUCCUUUGGAAUUGGCUGCUUUUGAAAGAGCUGUCAUGAGCUCCAAGAGCUUUUUGAUUGGUUUGGCCCUUGUCAAGAACGCAUUGACCGUUGAACAAGCUGCUCAAGCGGCUCAUGUUGAAAUGAAUGCUCAAAUUGAUCGAUGGGGAGAAGUCGAAGACAGUCAUGAUGUGGAACGUGAAUACAUUCGACAAACCUUGGGAUCGGUGGCAGCCGUUGUCAUGGAUAAGCAUUAG